AUGGUAUCAGGUCUGACAACCAAGGAUUUCAUGGAGCUGUAUUUAUCCGGACGGAUAGGAGGGGCAGAGACGGAGCCAGGGGGGCAGCCAGUGGACCUGGACCAAGGAGCCCCACAUGCACGCGUGGUGGAGGCAAAUCAGAGAGACCCCUUGACAGCCAGCCUCCCAGGGACCACACCCUACGUGUCUGUCCACCCGCAGGACGCCCUGGUCUCUUCCUCCUGCACAGCGGGCUUCAGAGAGGAGACCAUGCCCCCCACGCUCACGGCCCUGCUCUGCCUCGGUGAGUGUCGGGGGGAGGGGGGAGCCCUGCUCUGUCAGGACCCAGGGCUCAGGACGCUCCCGGGGAGGGGGGGCUCUGCUCAGGACUCAGGGCACAUCCCUCACGGGGACUCUCUUGCAGGGCUGAGCGUGGGCCUGAGGACCCCGGUGCAGGCAGGGACCCUCCCCAAACCCACCCUCUGGGCGGAGCCAGGCCCUGUGAUCCCCUGGGGGAGCCCGGUGACCAUCUGGUGUCAGGGGUCCCGGCAGGCCCAGGAGUUCCGACUGGAUAAAGAGGGAACCUCAUCGCCUUGGGCCACACAGAAGCCACUGGGUCCCAGGGACAAGGCCAAGUUCUCCUUCACACAGAUGACAGAGAACACUACAGGGUUAUAUCGCUGCUACCAUCGGAGCCCCAGGGGCUGGUCAGAGCGCAGUGACCCCCUGGAGCUGGUGGUGACAGGAUACUACAGCAAACCCAGCCUCUCAGCCCUGCCCAGCCCUGUCGUGACCUCCGGAGGGAACGUGACCUCCGGAGGGAACGUGACCCUCCAGUGCGGCUCCGGACUAGGUUUUCACAGGUUCAUUCUGCCUGAGGAGGCAGGAAGCAGGCCCCCCUGGACCCUGGACUCGCAGCCUCACCCCAGCGGGCAGGUCCAGGCCCCGUUCCCCGCGGGGCCCAUGACCCCGAGCCCCAGGAGGACGUUCAGGUGCUAUGGCUGUUACAAGUACAGCCCCCAAGUGUGGUCACUGCCCAGUGACCCCCUGGAGCUCCCGGUCUCAGAGCCUGAGCCCCGCGGUCCCGGCCCCCUGGACCCUACCCCCGGGAAAGCAGACUCCCAGACCCAGAACUACACAGCGGGGAAUCUCGUCCACAUGGGCGUGGCUGGCCUGCUGCUGCUGGUCCUCGGGGGGCUGCUGCUUCAGGCUCGAGACACCGAGGGGACGGCCCACGCUGCCGCCAGGAUGAGAGCAGACUGCAGCCGUGGAGGACACUGUGAGUCGACACAGGAGCCGCACCCUUGUUGUACCCUGCGUCUGUCUGUGCGGCUGGGCACCUGGACAUCGGAGGUCACCUGCUCCGCCGGGAACCCUGGGAAGGCCCUCCCCAGACCCUCCCUCUGGGCUGACCCAGGCCCCAUGGUCAGCAAGGGCAGCCCUGUGACCCUCUGGUGUCAGGGGUCUCUGCGGGCUGAUGCCUACACUCUGUAUAAGGAGAGGCGCUCUGAGCCCCGGCUUACGAGGAUCCCACAGGCCUCCAGCAACAAGACCGGGUUCCUCAUUCCAUCCACGAGCUCACACGAUGCAGGGCCAUACGAGUGUGUCUACAGGGCUGGGCGCUCCCUGUCUGAGCUCAGUGAGCCCCUCGUCCUGGUGGUGACGGGAGAGUUCAGCGCACCGUCCCUCGAAGCCCAGCCAAGCCCGGUGGUGGCCUCAGGGGGGAACGUGUCCCUCGUGUGUAGCUCACAGUCAUCAUCCGGCCCUUUCCACCUGCUGAAGGAGGGAGGGGCUGAGCCGCCCCGACACAUGGCAUCGCAAUGGAGUUACUCACCCAGGGGGUGGCAGGCCAUCUUCCCUGUGGGCCCCGUGAGCGCCUCCCACGGGGGAACCUACAGAUGCUACGUUUCUCGCAGCUCCUACCCCAAUGUGUGGUCACAUCCGAGUGACCCUCUGCGCAUCGAGGUCACAGGCGUGUACAGGUCGCCCUCCCUCCGGGCCCAGCCAGGCUCCCUGCUGCUGCCUGGGGACAACCUGACCCUCCAGUGUCGCUCGGAGCCCGGCUUUGACAGAUUCGCUCUGACCAAGGACGAGGGGCCCACACCCCCUCAGCGUCUCGAUGGGCAGCGCAGCCCCGACUUCCCCCUGGGCCCUGUGACCCACACCCACGGGGGCCGGUACAGGUGCUACAGCGGACACAGCCCCUCCUAUGCAUGGUCGGCCCCCAGCGCCCCCCUGGACGUCCUGAUCGUGGGAGCGGACAGCAAACCCUCCCUGUCGGCCCGGCCGCCGCCCCCGGGGCCCUGGGGAGCCAACGUGACCCUGCUGUGUCGAUCGGAGACCAGGGCUGACACCUUCCACCUGCACAGGGAGGGCUCCCUGGACCCUCCCCUGCAGCUUCGUCUGCAGGACACGGCUGCCCCCUCGGAGGCCACCUUCACCAUCAGUCCUGUGACCUCGGGCCACAGUGGGACCUACAGGUGCUACAGCUCCCACAGCGCCUCCCCCUUCCUGCUCUCACAGCCCAGUGACCCCCUGGAGCUCCUGGUCCCAGUAGGGGCUCAUGAAAGGGCAUCUUGGCUCAUUCAUGACGUCACUCCAGCCCAGGGUCUGCAGUGGUACUGGAAGGUGCUGAUCGGGGUCUCGGCGGCCCUCACGCUGCUGCUCGCCCUCCUCCUCUUCCUCUUCCUCCGACACCGGAGUCAGAAGAAAGGCAGGACGUUGGGGGCCACGGACUCGGACCCGAAGGACAGAGGCCUGCAGAUCAGCUCCCGCCCAGCUGCGGACGCCCAGGAAGAGCCCCUCUAUGCUGCCAUGAAGGACCCACAGGCUGGGGAGGGCGUGGAGCUGGACCCUCGGCAGAACAGGCCCCGUCACGACCCACAGGGAGUGACAUGUGCCCAGGUGAACCGCUCAAGAUCAAGGCUCAGGCAGGGAAUGGUCUCCUCUCCUUCCCUGUUGUCAGGGGAAUUGCUGGACAGGAAGGACAGACAAGCAGAAGGGGACAGACAGAUGGAUAGCCAGGCUGCUGCACCUGCGGCCCCCCAGGAGGUGACCUACGCCCAGCUGACCCACCUGACCCUCAGACGGGAGACAGGUGCACCCCCUUCCUCCCCGUCAGACGAGCCCCUGGCUGAGCCCAGUGUGUACGCUGCUCUGGCCGUCCACUAG